CUGUUCAGGGUGGGCCUGGGCCAGGAUGCGCUUCAGUGGGGCGUGGACGCGCAGCUUUGGGGGAUGCCUUUUGUAACAAUUCUUGAUUUUUUGAGUGGGGUCUAACUGUGUGGCUCAUGCUGGAACUCGCUGUUUAAACCAGGCUAGCUUCGAACUCCAGACUGCUAAUACUAAAGGAGUGUGCGCCCCUAUGUCUGGCUCUGUGGCUCCAGGACCAUGUCUUUCAAAACUGCAUACCUUUUCUCUGGUUGGCCAUCUUCCCCCUUCUGAUGUGUGUCGGACGUAGAGAUUUUGUUGUUUUUCGUUUUGCUGCGGGGUGGUAGAAAUUGUGGAACUAUUUGGCAUCGUGUUUGGCGUAGUCCUAGUUAUUCACUGUGCUUUUGGUUUUUACUCUUAUUUAUGUUGUGUGUGGGGGUAGGUGCACAAGAGUGCAGAUGCCCAAGAAGGCCAAAAGAGGGCGUUGGUAUCUCCUGGAGUUGGAGUUAGCGGUGCUUGUGAACUCCCCUUUCCGUAUGGAUGCUGGGAACCUUAUGGUCCCUCUGGAAGAAUACUGUUCACGUUUGACUGUUCUCCAGCCCUUUCUGAUUGUUUUAAUCUGUUCUCACACUUUAAAAAAAUUGGAAUAUUCAACUUUUUUUAAGCUACGAGUAAGGUUGAGCUACUAAAAUAAAUCAAAUCUGUCUUGAAGUCAGAGGUGUAGGCUUUCAGGAAAGCACCUUCUUUUCCAUCAUUAUAAGAAAACUAAGCCCAGGGCCAGCACGGUGGCUCAUGAAGAGGCAGGCUGUGUGAGCAUGAGACUGUCUCAAAACAAGUACAACAGACCCACAAAAUCCACUCUCAAAGGAUGCGCUGUAAGCAUACAAAGGUCACAAGGCUGUUAAACUUACCUGGUUUUUUGUUUGUUUGUUUUGGGCCGUCUCAUUGGAAUUGAGGCUCCAGUUUGCAGUUUUUAAAGAUGACCUGGCUGUAGGGUAGGAAGUAGAUUGGAGGGGUCAAAGAUUGAGGUAAAAAGGUUGUAUCAGUCAGUAGGGAAGGAAACUGUGGACCUUUGAACCAGGGCUGCUGAAGGAGGUGAAGAAGCAGAAUGAGCAAGUUUGUAGAGGCCCAGCCCAGAAUGGGCGUUCCCUUGGGAGGGGCUUGCUGAGGAGCAGGUUGAAGUGAGGGAGAGAGAGAUAAGCACGUUUGUAAAUGUCACUCAGGUGCCUGUGGGGCAUCUGAGCAAGGGCAGUUUGGGUUUGUCUGGAGCGGUUCGGUGUGGAUGGAAGGAUAGAAACUGGAGCUGGCGGAGGGAUGUGACAGGAUAGUUCACUGGAGGAAGAGAGUGAGCAGUGGCCAGAGAGAUGAGAGGAUGGGUCCAUCGCUGGGGCUGGCCAGGGAGGAGGACUCACCGAUAUGUCUGAUUUCUCCUCGCACACCACCACGUUUGUAACCCCUGCUCGUUCCCGAACAGAUUCCGUCUUUAGAGUGUCUUCCUGCUGUUGGGGCUGAAGGGGCAAAUAGGGCAGACUGAGGGCAUCAUCAGGAGAGGUCAGGAAGCAGCAGGCAGAGCGAGUCUCCUGGGGCUGGGGAAGAAGUAGGUGUGGAGGGUUGUUGCCCAAGUUUCCAGUCUGGACUGUUGACUUUGAGAUCGCCAUGGGCAGGAGGGGACACGGGGUGGCAGAGUGGAUAGGAGGGAGGAUAGAAUGGAACGUUGUGAAGUCUGGUCAUGGGUGAGGCUGCUCUGAGAGGGCUGCAGACUGAUGAGACUUGAGAUGCAGCAGUUCUGAGGAGCAGGCAGAGGGAACAGAGACCUGUAGCCAGUUGGGGUGGGGUGGUAGGGUGGGGUGCUAGUGGAAGAAACCAGUACUUAGAGAGGUAGUCACUGAUAUCAAAUAUACCUAAGAGUUGAAGUAAGUUAAGGACAGGGCAGAAGGUGGGGCCUAGACUGAGUCUCCAGGAGCCUUACUACAGGAGGUUCUGACUAGAUGGCAAGCCCAGGGCCUGAAGGGUGACUGGCAGGAGGGAAUGGAAACACAGUGUGGCGCUGGAAACAGAGGCUCUGGGACUGGUUUCCAGGCAAAGGAGAGAUGUCUCAGGAAGAGAGGAACCUGGUGUGUGAGGAGGUUGAACUCCCCGAUGCUGUAAAGGCUCAGUUACAUCCAGUGAUUAAGGCUUUCCUCUGCGGCUCCAUCAGCGGAACCUGUUCCACGCUCCUCUUCCAGCCUCUGGACCUCCUCAAAACCCGCCUGCAGACCCUGCAGCCCUCAGACGUAGGGCCCAGGCGUGUUGGGAUGCUGUCUGUGUUCUUGAAGGUGGUUCGCACAGAAAGUCUUCUGGGCCUUUGGAAAGGGAUGUCUCCUUCCAUUGUGAGAUGUGUCCCUGGCGUUGGAAUCUACUUUGGCACCCUGUAUUCUUCUAAGCAGUAUUUCUUGCGAGGCCAUCCUCCCACUGCCCUGGAAUCGGUCAUCCUGGGCAUGGGAUCUCGCUCUGUGGCAGGAGUUUGCAUGUCACCCAUCACAGUGGUCAAGACACGCUAUGAGAGUGGGGCUUACAGCUACGAGAGCGUCUAUGCAGCCCUGCGGAGCAUCUACUGUAGCGAGGGCAGCCGUGGCCUCUUCAGGGGCCUGACAGCAACUCUGCUUCGUGACGCCCCCUUCUCGGGGCUCUACCUGAUGUUUUACAGCCAGACCAGGGCCACAGUGCUCCAUGGCGCAGACGAGCUGGAUGCUGCUCUGAUGCCCCUUGUUAAUUUCAGCUGUGGGGUAUUUGCUGGCAUUCUGGCUUCACUGGUGACUCAACCUGCAGACGUAAUCAAAACCCAUAUGCAGCUCUCCACAGUGAAGUGUCAGUGCAUUGGCCAAGUGGCCACCCUCAUUCUCAAGACCCAUGGGCUGCGUGGCUUCUUUCAUGGCAGUGUUCCCCGGGCCCUCCGUAGAACUCUGAUGGCUGCUAUGGCAUGGACUGUCUAUGAAGAGAUGAUGGCCAAGAUGGGCCUCAAGUCCUGACGAGAGAGGGCUGGAAAGGAAGAUCUGCUGUCCGGCUGGUUCCUGCCAUGGCUGCUGCAGCUCACUCUCCUGGAGUCAGGGGAAGAACACAACAUCUCAAGAGCCAGGCACAAGUGCUGCAUUCAAAGAGAGCAGAUAGGUAGCUGGAGCCACAGGCUGGAGUUGUCAGUGCCCAUGGCUCCAUGCACACUCCCCAUCAGUGCUGUACGCGGGGCUGGAAGCUUGGCUGCCCCACAAUGCUACUUGAGAGGAGGCCUCUGCUAGGUCGCUCUGUUUCAGCUACCUGCCUACAUUACAGGGCAACUUAGAAUGUUGGUAAUGAAGGAAUCCCACAGUAGAGAGGUGUGGGCCUCCUGCCAUGUCUGAGGGCAGGAGUCUCAAGUUAGGGAAGACUUGGCCUAAGAGAGUGCGGUGAACCAGAGAGAUGGCUCAGCAAGGAGAGGUGCUUGACAGAGGCUGCACUGGCCCUGGACCCACGAGGUACGGGAAAGAAUUGCUGCAAGUUGUCCUCUGACUUCCAAACGAGCACUGUGGCAAGCACCCAUACCCAAUGAACAAACAGAUGUAAUACUUUUAAAAUAAAGACUUCAGCAGGGUGGA